UCGCGUACGAAUCGCACGCGGUAGAAGGCAGCAGCAGCACCCGCUCGAAGCUCACGAAAUUCGAGCAUGUGAAGCGCGUGAAGCACGUGAUAAGCAAUGUUCGAAUUUUGUUCUCGUGUUCUUCUCCCACCAAACAGCGAUAAUUAAUUGGCGGUUUGUUUGCUGGAUGCUUCGCAAUCCAAAGAGAGCGUAUUAUCGUGUAACGAAUGGAUUAUCAGUGAAUUGAUUGGUAUGGUCCAGCUACCACCGAGUACCGAGUUACGGCCGUUUAUAACAAACAAGUGGCGACGCAACAUUACUGGACUUUAAACUUUAACACGAACUGAAAACAGUGAACAAACGCGUUAAAUAUUUUUUAUUCCGUUGAUAUUGUUUUAAUAAGAAACGGAUUUAAUAAUGAGUGUACUAACUAUGUUAUUACAAACACAGUUUGUAAUUUCCAAGAAUUAUAUGGGAUUGAGGAUCUAACCUUGUGCAAACCAAAAAUUAUGGACUAAAAUGAAUCGACAAGAGGAAGUCAAUAUGGGGGAGCGCGUUCACAACGUGCAAAUCGGCAAGUGCGAGAAAGGAAUAUGCGGUGAGGAAGCGGCAUGUCAGCAGCAUCCAAAUGAGACAUUUGUAUGCCUCUGCCCCCACGACAUGCAGCCGCCAACGACUGACGGCAGAUGCCCAACGCGAAAAACAGUGCCAUUGGACCCCCGAAAAAUAGAAAACAUUCUCCCACCACAAAACAACGAUACAAAGCUAAAAGAUAGAAAUCAACGCACCAAUCUAUUUAUUACCACGAUGCCGCCAACCCGAGCGGCUACAUCCAAUCACAAUCCGGUGGCAAUACAAAAUGUUACCAUAUUGUAUACUGUUGUGGCCGGCACGCUUCUUAUUGUCAGCUCCAUUGUCUGCUUGAUUCUGCUACGAUGUUGGUAUCACAAGAAGAGGAACACAAACUUAAUGUCGCCAUCACCUAUUCAACUAAAACGGAAUCUGCUCCUGCCGGAUCGCUACGCGCCGAAUCCGCAAUAUGCUGUGUGUACAAGCAAUAGCGUCCAGAUUCUGAGGAAGGAACAGAUCGGAUUCAUUGCUGAGAUUGGCGAAGGUUGCUUUGGAAAAGUUUUCAAAGGCGAGUUGCGAUAUGACCACAGCGAAUUUGAUGUAAUCGUCGCCGUAAAAGUAUUGAAGGAAUCGGCGAGUCGCGAAGCAGAAGAAGACUUUCUUCGCGAAGUGGACAUCAUGAGCGCUUUUCGACACGAAAAUAUUUUAACACUAGUGGGUGUUGUACUCAGAGACACGAACGUGACGCCGAUGAUGGUAUUUGAGUACAUGCCACACGGGGACCUAGCUGAACUGCUUCGUAAUCAGAAUAAUCGCUUCGACGACCAAAAGAAGGUGCCGACGUUAUCUCGUCACGACCUGAUGUCUAUUGCGCUCCAGAUUGCCAACGGAAUGAUGUAUUUGGCGUCACAGCGUUUUGUUCAUCGUGAUUUAGCUUGCCGAAAUUGUCUCGUCGCUAGUGGACCAAUGGUAAAAAUUGCAGAUUUCGGUAUGAGUCGCGACGUCUACACGUGUGAUUAUUAUAAGAUUGGUGGGUCACGUCUUUUACCCGUGCGCUGGAUGUCGCCUGAGAGUGUCAUCUAUGGUCGCUUUACACUAGAAUCAGACACUUGGUCCUUUGGUGUCGUUCUAUGGGAAAUCUACACGUACGGUAAGCAGCCAUAUUAUGGACACACCAACGACGAGGUGGUGAAACUUAUCCUACAGGGUAUUAUGCUAAUACCACCCGAUGAUUGCCCAUCUGUGAUUCGGGAUCUAAUGCGCAACUGCUGGAAAACGGAGCCGCGGGACCGUAUUAAAUUUACAGGCAUUUGCGAAGUGCUGAAUGCAGCGCAUGAGGAAAUGCUUGGAGCGGUGUUGGUUGAACGUCCCAAUUCGAUGCGGACAAUGUCGUUACCCCGACCGCCACCACUGCCAAACCUCCAACGCCCUGUCAUGUCACCAAUGGAGGACCUAGUUGAUCCGGAUGGAUACCUGCUACCGAAAGAUAUCAAAGAAUCUGUUCAGUAUUUGGAGGCGCUGCCGGCUUAACAGGACCAAGAACAAAGAAGGGUAAAUUGAUAACUAAACUACAAAAAUUAAUAUGUUACCGUGCUACUCCUGUUGUAAACCUGUCUCGGAAGACUCCCAAACCAAAGAUUUUUCGAUUACCACUGACAUUUAUGAGUACUUAACAUACAGAAACCAAAAUGAGAUUAAAAAAGUAUUUAAGUGUCUUCAAAUGUUUUCAUAAUCGCUAAUGUAUCACGUAAAAACUUGGCAAACGAGAUAUACGUUGUUGAAAAUUUACAAAAUUUUAAAAGGUUUAUAAAAUAUAUAGUAUAUAUACGGUAUAUUUACAUAUUAUAAAAAAAAAACAAGAUCACAUUUCCACGAAUUAGACCAAUGGAUCAGCAAGUACGAAAUCAAUAUUUCGAAGAAUAAUAACAAAAACAACGAUAUACGCGUACAAAUCCUAGGUAAUGAUAUUUACAAUAAUAAUCCAAUCCGACCAUCAUUGUGAUAAAUGUUAUCUCAUGGAAUCAGAAGAACCACUAAAAGUAAGUUCUAUUUAAUGUACAUUUGCAAUCAUGAAUCGUUAAUGUGAUUCGACGUACCUUUCUAGAUCACGCAUUAUCCCCGUAGCUCUCAUAAGUCUUCUUAUUUAAUUGGCAUUAAAUCGACCCUAACGAUUUAUUACAAUAAUUACUAAAUAUAUUGAGAGGAUCGACAUUACGUUGCCCAUCCAGAUAAUGAUAUCGACUGAUUAUUUAUUCGUUAUAAAAAAAGCGAUAAUGCAAAUAUGUAUUAGGUUUAUGGAAUGAAAAAUGUGGCAAACAAAUAAUGUGAUGUAUGACAUUAAUAAGCAAUGUAAAUGUACAUCUUUGUGUAAAAAGGUAAUUUUGUGAUUCAAAAUAAACCUACUGCUCGAUUCACAAA